AUGGAGCCCUAUGAAUAUAAGGAAUGUAGGGAAACUUUCUUCCAGAAGCCAGGCCUAAAGCUAAUCCAGAGCACUCACAGUGGAGAGAAACACUUUGGGUAUAAAGAAUGUGGGAAGUCGUUCUUGUGCCCAUCAACCCUGCAGGCACAUAAGAGAUUUCACACAGGAGAGAGACCCUAUGAGUGUACUGAAUGUAGGGAAACUUUCUGCUCUCAGUCAGCAUUCAAGAACCACUGGAGAAUGCACACAACAGAGAAAUCCUGUGGGUGUAAAGAAUGUGGGAAGUUUUUCUUGAUGCAGUCAUCCAAGAAGGCACGAGAGAGAAUUCACAAAGGAGAGAAACCCUAUGAGUGUCAAGAAAGUAGGAAAAUAUUCUUUAAGCAAGUAAAUCUUAGGAAACAUCAGGUUACACAUAGUGGAAAGAGACCCUAUGAGUGUAAAGACUGUAAAAAAACUUUCUGCCAGCGGUCGCACCUCAGGAGACACCAGAGGAUUCACACAGGAGAGAAACCCUACGAGUGUCAAGAAUGUGGGAAAUCUUUUCUACGGCCAUCAGUCUUAAAGGAACACCAGAGAAUUCACUCAGGAGAGAAACCCUAUGAGUGUACAGAAUGUGGGAAAUCUUUCACACGGCAGUCAGACCUCAAGAAACACCAGAGAAUUCACACAGGAGAGAAACCCUAUGAGUGUCAAGAAUGUGGGAAAUCUUUUCUAUGGCUAAAAGACUUCAAGGAACACCAAAGAAUUCACUCAGGAGAGAAACCCUAUGAGUGUAAAGAAUGUGGGAAAAC